AUGGUUGGCAGCCAGGAGGUGGUGCAGGCGGGAAAGGGCAAGGAGGCCAACGCCAGCCACCACCUCACCAAGCUCAGCAAGGACGACCCGCUCAGGCAGCACUACGAGGCCCUCUGGCCGGAGCUCGCCGCAGCCAAGCCACCAGCAGAUCAACCAGUCGUUGGAUUCAAGGCAGUGGAGGCAGCAGCUCGGCGCUUGGACAAACUCCAGAAGAAGGUACGAUCGGCAGGGGAGCAAGUGGAGAGUGCCCAGCAGUACUUGGCUGAGAGUGAACGCAAGCUUCGUGAAGCUAUGGAAGCCUCCAUUGCAGCAGAAGAUGAGUUCGACAAGCUCAAGGCCACAGUCGGCAAGCAAGAGGCACCAGCCGAACCCGCAGCCGAGAAGCCAACGCUGGCAGCCCUCCUGGAGCAGUUCGAGCACGAGCCUGACGACUUCCACAAGUGGUCCGAGCCCGACAAGGAGGUCUGGCGAGCUGCAAAGGCCAAGGGCGAGCGCAUGGCCCAGACGGUCAAGGAGCACGAGGAGGAGACGGCGAAGCACCUGCGACUUCUGGAGGAAGAGACGGCCAGGCACCAGGAGCAGCUGCGCCAGCUCGAGCAGGCAAGCGUGUCUGCGCUGCCAGCCCAGCCCCUCAGCGAGGUGCCACCACAGGCGCUGAGGCAGCAGGGUCAGCUGCCGCGGCUGCGCCUGACGGCGCCGCAGCAGCUGCCCAACCAGAAGCAGGUGCAGCAGAACAUGACAAAGCAGAGGAACGCCGAGCCAGAGUGGAGGCCCACAUCCAGGAGGCGCGAGAGAAGGUCUCGCAGGCCAGGCGCGCCGAGACAGCCGUCGACGCAGAAGGGCAAGGUGACCACUCAGCAGGGUAGCCGCCCCAAGGCGAGCGCGAAGAAGGCUCGCCGCCCUUACCACAUCGACUUCUUCAAUGUCACGACCUGGGGCCCCCAGGCACAGGGCUACCUCAUGGAGAUCAACGACACCAAGGACAGGGACAUCAUCGGCAUCGCGGAGCACCACCUCCGCCAGCCUGCGCAGAUAGGCAAGGCAAGAGCGGCGCUCAGGAGGAAUGGCAUGCACAGCUACUGGACCAAGGACAGGAUCGCGGGCUUCGACGAGCACUACCUGCACGAGGACGGCAGCGACGUCACGGUGGUGAUCUCCAACCUGCACAAGGUCCGCUUCGCAGUGGCCUUCGUCUACCUUGAGUGUGGGACGGGCUUUGGAGAGAGGAACGUCGACAUCCUCUGCGACCUGCGGGAAAAGAUGGCCGUCUGGGGAGGCGAAGCCAGGUGCAUCGAUUUCGCGCUGAUCUCGCAGGGCCUGGCGCCGUAUUUUGACCAGCUAGAGCUGCUCAGGACCGUGCCGUGGAAGCCGCACAUUGGCAUCCGCUUGAAGCUGAGAUGCGACCAGGAAGAAAACGACGUGGAGCCAGUGCCGCAGCUGCACUACGACAAGGAGGCCCAGCACGUCAUCCCUGACGAGCUGUGGCAGGCCACCUCCGAGAGGGUCAGCUUGCGUGUCUACGACGAGUUGCCCCAGCACUUGCAGCACACUGUCGUCGGCAAGAUGAUGGAGCGGGACAUGCUGGAUCUGGGGCAACAGUACGACCACUUCGCUAGCACACUCGAGCUCAGCCUGUGCGAGAGCAUCGGCAUCCCAGAGGAAGAGCGAGGACGCAACACCAUGGACAUCCAAGAUCACGACCCCUUCGAGGACGAGGAGGAUUACUUGGAGUACCGCCAGGAGAUCGCAGACCAGGAAAACAGCGAUGGGUACCACCAGCACAUCGAGGGGCAGCAGGCCAGCCUCGAGUCCAGCCAGACCGCUCGCCGUCGAGCCGAUGGACCUGAUUCUCACCCACCAGCAGGACGCUGCAACAUGGACGUCCAAGACCACGACCCCUUCGAGGAAGAGGAGGACCGCUUCCAGAACCGCCAGGAGACCGCAGACCAGGAGGACCGCGAUGGGUACCACCAGCGCAUCGAGGGGCAGCAGGACGGCAACAGCUACGGCCAGACCGCACACGAGCAACGAGAUAUGGGCCUGCCCCCUUCAGACCCCUGGAAUGACGACCAACACCAGCGGGAGCGGGAAGACUACGUGGCCAUGAGAGACGACCUGGAGUACUGGGCGGCCAUCUGGAUGGAUAACUUGGUGCAGCUCCCCACGGACAACAGCAACUGGAUGCAGAUCUGUGUGCCGUUCCUGGAGACCAUCCUGGGAGGCGGAGGCAACAAUGGCAUGGUGAGACUGCUCAGGCGUAGGUGCCAGCAGGCCGGCCUCAGCCACAUCAUCAGGGUCCGCACCCACAGUGGCCGCCAGACGCAGCAGCAGAUCAACACAAGACAGCAGCUUGCGCAGCAGCUCAACCAGCCUGACCCAGGCAGGCUGAACGACGAAGGUGCAGCCAAGGACCAGCAGCAGGCCCUCCUCGCAGACCUGCACGCGAUAGCAGAGGGCGCCCUCGUGGACCCAGGGACGAUCAGCAGGGUAGCAGAGGAGGUAAAGAGCAUGGCCAAGCUACUCACAAAGGCGGUGAAGAAGGCGUACAUCCACUGGGUGCACGACGCCACGGCAGGCAGUGCGAAGAUGGCCCACGCCUACACCAAAGCAGCGGAGCGCAGCCAUCUGGAGGACAUCCUAGAGCACGAGGGCCAGGUCAUCAACCACCCGCAGCAGCUGGUGGACUUGCGCAAAGAAGCAUGGCAACGCAGGUGGACACGAGGUGCGCAGAAGGCCGAGAGGAUCCAAGAGGCGCUGGCCAAGCUGAGGCAGGCUGCCCUGGCCCAAGAGAAUGCCCUCGAGCCCAUCAGCAAGGACAUCAUAGGCUCCAUCAUCCAGCACCUGAAGAGCAAUGCAGGCCACGGAGCGGACUGGUGGAGGGCUCCAGAGCUCAAGGCCAUGGGCGCCCAGGGGCUGGAAGAUUUCGUGCAGUGCCUGACCAGGUGUGAGCAACGGGCAGCCUGGCCGUGGCAAUUCUACCUGGUGCUGGAGUUGCUGCUGGGUAAGAAGCCAGGAAUCGGGGGAGAGCGGCCCAUCGGCCUCAUGCCCAUGCCGUACCGCAUCUGGAGCGCAGCCAGGAGGCCCAUAGUAGCCACCUGGAGCAAGGCAGCGGCGGGCUUCUGGGAUACGGCAGUAGCUGGCUCCUCAGCGCUACGAGUGGCAAUGCACAGACUUAUGAGGGCAGAAGCUGCCACGGAGAUGGGCUUUCAUGCAGCAGGAGUGUUCUACGACGCGGCAAACUUCUACGACAACAUAGGCCUCGACCAGCUGAUCGAGAAGGCCAGUGCCCUCCAGUACCCAUUGCUGCCGCUGGCAAUGGCCGUGCAGAUGUACCUUGCGCCCAGGGCUAUCAUGGCCCACAGCCUCUUCUCGGACAUCUUUGAGCCUGCCAACAGCAUGGUAGCAGGCUGUGGCCAAGCGGUAGACCUCACCAGACCGCUCCUGUAUGGAAUCCUGGAUGCAGCGCACAGGCACCACAUCUUCGUCGUCAUGCAGCAGUACCUGGACGACUUGGCCCUGCAGGUAGAGGGCGCGCGGCGGCAGGUCAUUGACCAGAUCAAGCACGUGGCGGCGCUGGUGCACGAUGGUUUCAAGCAGCUCGCGAUCCCCAUCUCAGUCAAGACGGCAGUGGUGGCCUCGGACAAGGACCUCCAGGCAGAAGUCGCCAGCAUCCUGGACAGCCUGGGCACCCCCAACAAGCAACCAGGGGUAGUGCGCGACCUCGGCGUGGACACCAGCCUUGGGAAGCAACUGCGGCGACCCACCCAUGCCGCGCGCCAGGCCAAGGCCAAGCAGAGGGUGGCCAAGCUCAGGGACCUGGCGAAGACGGACGCCAGAGGCGCGGCAAAGGUCUAUGCAGCAGGUGCCUACUGCCAGCAGGCUUGGGACUUACCAGCGCACGGCAUCACGCCCACGGAGGCGAAGUUGGUCAGGGCAACGGAGGCAGCGCUCCUCACAGGCGGACACAAGGCUGGACGCUGCACGUCCACCAUCCUCCUGAUCCAGAGGGGUAUGCAAGAGGCAGUAACCCGAGCCAUCGGCGACCAGAUCAAGCAGUUCUGGCUCACCGUAGUCGACCACCCGAUGGAGCUCAAUAGGUACCAGAGGGGCUGGCUCCUGCUCUACGCAAAGCUGGGCGCCCUGGAACCCAACCGCAGGUGGCAGCAGGUCAAGGGGCCUAUGGCAGGGGUCAUUGUGCAGUUGCUUGGGUUAGGCUGGAUACCGCGACGCCUGGACAGCUGGAUCAGCCCAGCAGGUGACGAGUGGGCCUACAAGCCAGAUGACAUUCCCCACUUCGGCGCGCUCCUGCAUGAGGUCCAGCAGAGCGCGCAGCAGCAGCUCUGGCAGCAGGCAGCUGGCCAUCGCAGUGGAGAAGGACUUAGGGCGGGAGGCGACCUCUAUCAGCUGCAGCGCCACCUGAGAAGAAGGAGGCGAAAAGGACAGCAUGCAGAGGCAGCCAUGCUGGAGACCAUAGCGGUGGCGGGCAUCUGGACCAGGGAGCGUCGCAGGGCGGCCAACCUCAACCAAGAAGGCGAUGACACCUGCGCGAGAUGCGGCGAGGCGAUAGAGACAGAGGAACACCGCUACUAUGCAUGCCCUGCCAACGCAGAAAUAGGGCACAGCAAUGACACCGACCUGGCGAAGAAGGCGAAGGACGCGCUGGACCAGCGGCAGGACCUGCAUUUCUGGCUCCGAGGCAUCCCGCCAGCGGCCUGGGCAGCCAAGGUCGACCCAGACGAGGACGCGGCGAAGGCGGCGCAGAUCUUCUGCACCAGCGAAGAGGCACAAGCUGCAGCCCAGGCAGGGCACAAGGAAGUGGCUGCCUGGCAUGGCACAAUCAGGGCACCGCACACGGUGCCACGGGCAGAGCUCACAGCCAUGAGCAAAGCCAUCGGGUACACCACGGCGGCGACAGCCAGGGGGCUCAACAUAGUCAGCGAUUGCAAAUACGCCCUGGACGCACUCAAGCAGAUCCAGGACCCUGAGGAUCUGGACUACAGGAGCACGAACUACGACCUCUGGCUCCAGACGAAGCAGCAGCUGCAGAACAGCACGGACACCAUCAUGGGCCACCACAUCCCGAGCCACCUGAUCGAGCACCCAACCGAGCUGGAGAGGUGGAAUGGUCCCACCUGGUGGGUCAUAGGUAACGAGAUGGCAGAUAAGUACGCAGGCUGGGGGGCGGAGCACGGAGCACUGGAUCCAGCUAUCAUCGUGCAGCAGCAGAUCAGAGACCAGAUCACCAUGGCGGUGCAGAACCGGCUGCUGGCCAUCAACAUGGCGGUGACGGUGGAGGACCCCAACAAGGACCAGCACGGCAACGUCAGGCUCGACUUCAAGGCGGUGCAGAUCGGCACGCAGGUGGUGCACGGCUCCCACAAGACGCAGUACACCCAUGGCUGGCUCUGGUGCGAGAAAUGUGGCGGCACCAGCUACCUUGGGGACCACAAGAGCAGGAUCGUGGCAGGAGUGGCAAGGAAGCUGGCAAGGCCAUGUCAGCCCCCAACAGCAGCAGGGCGGCGAGUCUUGGAGGACAUGCAGAGGGGCAAGCUGCCUAGAGGAGCUAAGCCAGCAGCAGACCCAGCUGAUGAGGGUCUCGACGAGAUCACCAUGCCAGGUGACUUCAAGCUCGGCCUGAGUAACCACGAGGUGAUCGACCUGGACGGGGACAGCUCAGUGGCAGGGGACCCGCAGCCAGCUCCGCAGCAGCCACCCAGCCAUCCGUACUCUGUCGUCCACGCCAGCUUGAGGCUCGUCGACCACAUGGAGGGCUACGCAGAGCUGUGGAUGAACAUGGUCGACCAAGAGGUCUGGGACGAUAUGGACGACUGGAUGGAGCACUGCGUACCGUACCUCCUGGCCAUCACCAAUGUGGGUGGCAGAACGGACACGCAAGAGCAGACCAGGGCCGUCACCGUGCAGGAGACCCAGCAGAUAAAGGACUUCUGCGAGGAAGUCUGGCGCAACACGCACCGCACGCGACGGAGGCUCAUGACCAGGAUGCUUACCCUCCCGUAUGGCACAAGGCAGCAGGCAGCUAGAGUGCACAUGGACGCCUUCCACAACAGAAGGAACAACAUCAUAGCGCACAGCAUCCCCAGCAGUGAGCGCAGGCCGCUGCCGAGAACAGCGGAGGCCAGCCGAGAGUGGUCACCAGAGAACCUGGACGAUGAUGACUCGACCCCAGACAGUGAAGCCCCAGAGCAGGAGGGUGAGCCGAGCAGCCAGGAGAUGGAGACCAUGGCGGGACCUGAUCAGAGGCACGACGCCAACAGCCUGAUGCAGACGGCAGUGCAGGUGGCAGUAACGCUGACCAAGCCAGUGGGGCCCGACCUGAAGAAGUUCGUGAGCGAAGCUGACGAGGCCGGCUUGCUCCACCCAAGGCUACGACACAACAAAGGAGAAGCUGACCAGGACCCCGAGCAGGAGGUGGCGUGGCUCGAGAGGAACAGGCUCGAGCAGCUCAUGCAGUCGCUGGCAGGCUGUUGGAGCCAGAAAGAGGGCGAGCUGGGCUGGCCAUCGUGGCAGGCCGCGUGCGUGCCCCAUGUGCUGAGGGCGCUGCAGACUGGCGUCUAUCAGAGGCUUUUCAGCCACGUGUCAGGGACGAGCCGCCAGCGCAGCCAGCGCCGAGCGGCGGAGGAGAUCUGCCGCCUGGCAUGGCUCAACAGCGGAGAGGAGCGCAAACAGAUCCAGCAGCAGGACCCGAAGGAGGCAGAGCGGCGCAGAGCAACGGCUGAGCAGAUCCUGGGCGUGACUGAGCCAGAGGUGAGGAGCCGCAGACGCAGCACCAAGGACAUGGCAGACCUCGACCACUUCCCUGAAGAGGAGAACAGAGAGGAUAGCCCCCAGCAGGCCGCAGACAAGCAAAGCAGCGAUGACAACCACCAGCAGUUCCCAGAUGUACAGCACAGCAUAGGGUACCACCUGGCAGACCUCAGAGGACCCCAGCGUGGCGAGGGGUUAGGCCACGGAGGACCCCAGCGCGGUGAGGGGUUAGACCGCAGAUCCAAAGACAAGCAGAGGAUCGAGGCGGAGGUCCCUGACGAGCCCAGUGAGCAUGACGCGGACGUCUUGACCAACAGUGUGGUAGACAGGACCUCGCAACUAACAGAGCGGACCCAUACCCUGGGAAACCGACAGACUGAACGCGAGGGGGAGGGCUUGGCCCGCGGAUACCACGUGAACCGCGAACACAGCGAGUGGCAUAGUCGGGGGACCUCGCCUGAGCCAGUGGGCAGCAGCACCGAGGAUGGGGACAGUGCGAGACUCGGCGCUCCCCAGCGUGGCGAGGGGUUAGGCCACAAAACAGCGCAGCCUGAGAAGGCGGCAGACUACGACGACACAGACCUGCAGCGGGACUUGAAUAAGAUCGUCGGCGACCCUCCCCAGCGCGGUGAGGGGGUAGACCGCAAGGCACCCCUGCGUGGCGAGAGGUUAGGCUACGGAAAUCCCCUGCGCGGUGAGGGGGUAGACCGAAGGACCAAAGGCAAGCAGCGGCUUGAGGCGGAAGCCUAUGACGUGCCCAGUGAGCAAAACGCGGACGUCUUGACCAACAGUGUGGUAGACAUGACCUCGCAACUAACAGAGCG